UGACUUUUCGGCAACCUCGAUCACGGUCGCGGAGCGAACACCUGCGCCCGGUCAUAGCUUAUGAGUUAUGGAGUAUGAAGCAUGGCUAUGUUGUUCUGGGCUCUAAUCUAAGCACGUCCUCAAAACAUAUAAAAUAGGCUCAAGAUGUCGAUCUCAUCGUGGAAAUUUAGACACCAGUCUUGCCAGCAAGCCCUUCGAAGAUCUUCGAUUCCCUUACUUCGACUGCUUAACUUCUUGUAUAGUCAUUCGUUACAUAUUACCCCGCGAUGGUUUGGGCAGCAACAACGGCAUGUGCCGUAGUAGCUUUAGCUACUAUCGCACAGGGCACACCUCUAGACAAUCAUAUCCAAGCUCGUCGUCUAUUGGGCUCUUCUUUUGGUAUGCCAGGUGACGACGCCACUUACGACUACGUAGUGGUAGGAGGUGGAAACGCUGGUUUAGCUCUUGCUACGCGCCUCGUCGAACAGAAGGCUGGCACUGUCGCAGUUAUCGAAGCUGGGUCGUUCUUCGAGAUCGAUAACAGCAACUUGAGUCAAAUACCAGCCCAGGCUGGUGCGUUUGCUGGGAAAGGGGAUCACGACUGGCAGCCGUUGAUCGAUUGGGGCUACAUAACAGCUCCUCAAGUUGGUGCGAACAAUGAUUCGAUUCACUAUGCUCGCGGUAAAGGUCUCGGUGGAUGUUCAUCGAGGAAUUACAUGGUAUAUCAUAGAGGAACUAAAUCGUCUUAUGAUAUGUGGGCCGACAAAGUAGGAGAUGAUAGCUACCAGUGGGACAGUUUCUUGCCAUACUUUCAGAAGAGUGUCAAUUUCACUCGUCCUAAUAUGGACCUGAGGUCUUCCAACUCAACGCCCGAGUACGAUAUAACCGCCUUCAGCACUGGCAACGGACCUCUUUCUGUGACCUUCGCCAACUAUGCGCAAGCCUUUGGAACUUGGGCGCAGAAAGGUUUUGAACAGAUCGGUCUCUCGGUAAUCGACGGCUUCCAAACUGGUUCUCUCCUCGGUCAGUCGUACGGCAUGUAUACCAUCAACCCUCAAACAGGAAUAAGAGAUUCGUCCGAAACCUCUUUCCUUCAAAAGGCUCUUAGCUACCCCGAAUAUACGGUUUACCAGUCAGCCAUGGCGAAGAAGAUUGUCUUUGACGGAACUAAGGCGACAGGUGUGCUUGUCGAUACAGAAGGCUUCGAAUAUACCAUUUCCGCGAGGAAAGAAGUUGUCGUCUCGGCCGGUGUUUUCGGCUCGCCUCAACUACUACAGGCUUCUGGAGUCGGCCCAGAAGAUCUCCUUAAAGGCCUUGGCAUUCCGGUUGUAGCUAAUCGACCAGGUGUUGGGCAGAACAUGCAGGAUCACCUUUACUUCGGCGUAACUCAUGCAGUCAACGCCCCUACACUUUCAAGUCUUUCCAAUCCUGCAUUCGCUGCUGCCGCUGCCGCCGAAUUCAAUGAAAAUGGAGGUGGCAUGUACUCCAACCCUACAACUGACGCUUUCGGAUGGGAAAAGAUCCCUGAUCACCUACGCUCCAAAGUAUCUAACAGCACUCUAAGCGUUUUGAAUAGCUACCCUGAUGAUUGGCCUGAGCUUGAGUACGUUUCCCUCGCCGCUUAUGUCGGCGAUCAAGAGGACUCACGACAUGGUUCCCCUACCGACGGCCGCAACUAUGGCUCGCUGGUCGUUGCUCUCAUCACACCGCAGUCGCGGGGCACUGUUAAGAUCACCUCACCUGAUACCAGCGUUCAACCGGAGAUCAAUCCUAAUUUCCUUAUUAACCGCGCCGAUCAAGAAGUAGUAAUUGCCGGUUUCAAGCGUGCCCGUGAAUUCUGGGACACAGACCCCAUGUCCAACUUCUCCAUUGCACCGGAGGUUUACCCCGGGCUCGACAUCAAGACAGACGACCAGAUCCUAGAAGCCAUUAAGACAAGCUAUAAUACCAUCUAUCACGGCUCAUGCACUUGCGCGAUGGGUCCGAAGGAUGAUGAGAUGUCUGUCGUGGAUAGCUCGGCAAAGGUCAUUGGCGUCCAGAACCUGCGAGUUGUUGACGCAUCCGCCUUUCCCCUCCUUCCUCCAGGCCACCCCAUGGCAACUGUUUAUGCUCUCGCCGAAAAAAUCGCUUGCGACAUUUCGGGCAACUGUUAAUAACAACAACAUUCCAACUUAGUACAUUGGACAAUUGUAUUACAAGUUCAUUUGUGGUUUUCCUUCAAUGUAUAUUUAGAUAGAAACUUUAGAUAUUCACACUUAGAAUGUUCAGACAUUUGAAUGUAUUAUAAUAGAUAACAUUUUGGCUAUAA